AUGGACAACAACCGUCCUCCCAUCGAUGACGAUGACGAUGCUUAUGAUUGGUGGAAUGAAUGGAACGCCGUUCCCAUCUUGGGAUUGGGACAAUCACAAGACUUGAUGCCUCAGUGGCUCUACGAUCGCUUUCUUAUUUGGGAUUUAGAAGACUCGGGCAAUGAAAGACCUGAAAGACGCUCUGUGCUCACUCCAGAACUCCGAGAUGAUGUAUAUGAGCUGCUUGAGGCAAAAGCCAACAAGCAUGUAGAUCCCGACCAGUUCCAGCAACUGAAGAAUGCAUUUGAUUUCAAGCACCAGGGCAAGCCCAGCGCCAAAGAUGUUUUUGAGCGGUACACAAUCAUAACGGCCGACAAUUUCGAACAGCUGAUCCCCAAGAAUCUUGAGUAUUUGAAGCCGGAGCACUAUUUCUUCCUUUCCUUCCUUUGGGAUGAGUGCCGGAUUGCAUUGGUUGACAGCAACAAGAUUGCUAUACCGCUCCACCACUAUUACACAUUCACACGGUGGGUCUCCUCCAUCAAUGAUUGUUCAGAUCAGAAAACACUGAAGAUACUCUUGAAACAUUUCCAUGUGAAUGCUAGGCUGGCGCUCACGUAUUCACAUGUUCGCCAGCACCAAAAGAACCAUCCGCAUGUCCAACAACGUCCCCUGCCACGCAGCUGGACCCUUCGAGCACCAAGGCGUGCCCAGCGACCACCACGACCCCACCAGCCCGCCAUGACCACUCAAGGCCACACCACAGCAACUGUACAGCGACAACUGAACCCUACCUAUGGAACACUGCCUUCCACUGGUACUCCAGGCAUGGGAACCAUGAAACCACCACCUCCAAGUCCGAGUCCAACUCCAUGGCAGCCACCACCAGCUGGUCCCAUGCCAACUGCACCACGCCCUCCUGCCUAUGGAUAUGGCAGUACUGCUCCUGCUGGAUUAUUGGAAGGGCCACCCAUGCCGCCCCCACACGGAAGUCAACUAGCGCUGCCUGGGCAGCAGCCACAUGGUGCCAUGACACCUUGGCCUGGUCCAUAUCCUCCUUAUGGAUAUGGAUGGCAACAACCGGCUCCAGCCAAAGUGGUUCACAACCACAUUACCAUCAGUGGAAGUGACAACACCCUUAUGCUUGGUGACGAUGUCAAGAAGUCCCCUUCCAAGACAGCCGACGCCCUGCAAGCCUCAUUGGACCAGUUUCGACAACAAGUUGAUGAGGAUGCCAAGCGCCUUGAGAGCACUAUCAAACGAGAAGGCCAACAAACGCGUUCGACUGUCCAUACUCUGACAGCGGCGCGCCCUCCCAUGCCAGUUGCCGUUCGACAUGAGCACGAACAAGCGGCAGCGACCUCAGGAACGGUUCUGCAGUUUGAUGAAGCAGAAGCUGUCGCUCCCAGAACCCCUGCGCUUCGAAGCAGCACACCAUGCUUCUCUGUCGGAAGGCGACAGCAGCGUCCUUCUGUUUCCUUUGCUGACCCAGAAAAUGCAGCACCCCCCACUGACAGCACACAGCAGACCCCAGUGACCGUUUCUGUGCCAGCUGCGUCCUCACCCACCUCACCUCUGGAAGACUCUGCUGUGGAUUCUCCUAGUAGCAGGGAGGAUACCACAAGUGUCCCCGGGAUGCCACGCACUGUGGGAACGCCCAAGUCUUCAGGAUGGCCUUCUCUCGGAUUCAUGAGCCGACCCUUCAGUGGUUCCAAGAAGAAGAAGGCAGUAAUGUUGGAGCAGCCCAUGGAAAACGUCACCGUCGAACCGGUUGUCGAAACUGUUCACGAAGAGUCGGAUGUGGAUUCCAUCCAGGUCCGUUCCCCUACAGCUGUCUUAUUCAGUGGGGCUCCAAAUCUAGCGGUAGUAUCACAUGAUAGUUCGGACCCUUCUCCCAGCAGUCAAGGAAGUCAAGGCACCGCAUUCUUCGAUGCGGAGCCAGGUCUAGAACUUGAUGGUGUCUCAUUGGCAUCUGCAUCCAAUGCCCCAGCCAGCUCUGAUCCUGAGGGGAAAGUCUUUACAGCAACCAAGAACAACAAGCCAGCUGCUACCACUACUAGUGAUGGCUAUGGAGCCGAUGUGUCCACAGAUGAUGAAGAGAGCUCCGACGACCUCACUGAUGAAGACAGCACCGACGAUGACGAUGAUCCAGACCCUGAUAGCAGUCCCGAGGCAGCAAUGGCAAGUCCCAAGCCCACCAUCCAAGAGACCCCUGAAGAGACUCAAUGGGAUGAAGACUUCGCCUUGGGUCAAGAAAAGCAUGUGCUUGAGCAGGGAUGGAUAGGAGAAGCACCAACAGCAGCAGCAGCACGUCUUCCUUCCCAGAGCACUGCACCCGAGCCUUCCAAGACUGUAUCUAACCAAGUCAAGCUGGACGAGGAAUUCGCCGCGUCCUUGCAGGCUGAAUUGGAUGUGCAGGGUCCACUUAGCUUCCAGUCCGAUGAUGCUGAAGAUGACAUCUCUGAUGAUGGGGGCGGCAAACCCUCAGCGAAGACGAGCCCCACUGAAGUUGCCUUGAAGCCUGCCGGAGUUGAGGCUGAUUCCAAGAGCACCAAUGAUGGUGGUGGCAAGCCGGCAGCAAAGAAGAGCCCAACUGAAGAUGCAUUGGAGCCUGAAGAUGACAUCUCUGAGGCUGAUUCUGUGGAGCCAUUUGCUGAUUCUGUGGAGCCAGCUGAUGAUGACAGUUCCAGUGUUGGCAGCAUUGUACAUGAAACUGCUACAAAAUCAUGGUUUGGGUUCAGCAUCUUUUCCCCAUCGAAGCCGGAGCCAAUGUCGAGUGCCGAACUGAAAAUGAUUGCGGCCAGAGCUGCUGAAGCUGAUGGUUCCUCAGUGGUCGCAGCCGAUCCAGAUGAAGACUCCCAGGGAAAUAUGGAAAAGUCAAAUGCUGAAGAGCUUUCCCCAAUGCAUGGUCCGAAGGUUCGGGCUGGUCCCACCCCUGCACGUAUCCGUGCCAUGACUCUUCAGGAGAUGAAAGCUGCUGAAGAGAAACUGGAACCAGCUGUAGCCGAGCCAGCUGAAGAAGGAUUGCAUGCUGCCACCACCGAUCCAACUGCAAUGACUCUUGAGGAGAUGAAGGAUGCUGAGCCAAUCAUUGAAGAAGACGAAGAACGAUCACAAGUGGGAACUGAGAGCACAGCCAUCGCUAAGGCUGCUGAGGAGGAGCUGGAACCAGCGGUAGCCAAGGUGGCUAAACCCAAUACCGAUUGUUCUGGUCCCAAGAAGAAAACGUCUCCAAUGGCCAAGGGUGGUCUCCUUGGCAUUGGUGGCAACCCAAUCCGAGGCACCAACAUUCCCAAAGCAGAGGCCUCCGUGGUGGUCGAAACCGUGGAUGAAGAAAGCUCUGAGGGAAGCUAUCCCCCAGUCGAAGCCACGGACGGUACCAUUGUUCCUGUGACCAUUUCAAUUGCAGCCACUGACCCUGUUCCCACGGAGACUGCAUCCAAGGUCGAGGAAGAAGAUGGUGCACCCAUUGCCAAGGCUGCUGAGGAGGAGCUCGAACCGGAACAAGUUGAUGGUGGCUCCGUGGCCGAAGUGGAGACAGAUGAAGAGGGCUCGCUCGGAACUGUGGACUCGACUGAUGACUCAGAUGCUGAGGAGCUGGAACCAGUUGAUGGUGGCACCCAGCACUCUGAUGGUCGAGCUGGCACUUGGGAAUCAGAUGGCCUACCUUACUGGGGGUUGACGACUGGUAGAGUGCCGAGGCCAUGCAAGUCCUGUCGCGGUCAAGACAAAUAUUGCCAUCGGCAUAGAAGCCAGGACCCCAAUGUGCCUCCACCUGCAUUAGUCGUGCCUCCACCAGUUGUGGAUGUGGUGCCUCCGCCGGUAGUGGAUGUGGUGCCUCCACCGGUAGUGGAUGUGGUGCCUCCACCGGUAGUGGAUGUGGUGCCCCCUGUUGAAGAAGAUUCCAUUGAGGAAUCGGAAGAAGAUUCCAUUGAGGAAUCGGUAGCGGAUGCCAUGCCUCCACCUGUACCAGAUGAGGAAGAGGAGGGAUUUCGGCGUGUACGACGGAAGCGCCGUUUGGCCAAAGGCAACCAACCGUAA